AUGCAAACUGAGAAGGAGAGUCAGGGGGAUAAGGUAAGGAAGAAGGAGCUGGAGACUGAGAGAAAGCGUAAGGGGGAUAGAGAGAAAGAGGAAGAGAGAGGGAGGGGAAAUAGAGAAGAGAUCCAGGAGAAGGAAGAACAUCAGGUGGUGAUAGAGAGGGAGAGGGAGGGGAAGAUAGAGAAGGAGAGGCAGAGUCAACAUCCUUGGCAAGGGAAGGAGAUAAAGAAUGAGAGUGAUCAAGAAAAGAAAGAAAGUGAUCAAGAAGAGACCGGGAAGAAGAUAGAGAAAGAGGUAGAAAAAACUGUCCAAAGUGUGCAGAGAGACAGCAUAGGGCCGGUGAUGACAGAUGAUCAGGACACGACCUCACCUAGCCCAAGCACUGGUUUUAAACAUGACUCAAUCCCCAGACCUGACUCCUCAGGACCAGAUCAAACAUCAAACUCCAUAUCUAGACCUGCCACCAAUCCCAGCCCAGGAUCUAACUCAGACACCAGCCAUGGAUAUAUUUCAAGUCCUUCCUCCAGCUCAACCUCUAGCCCCAGAUCUUCCUCCAUCUCCAGCACAAGCUCAAGCCUUAACAAAAGCUCCAGUCAAAGGACCAUCUCCUCUUUACCUCACCAGGGAACCACCAGGUCUGACCCCAUCACAACCCCAAGUUCAGGCACCAGCUACAGGACUGCCAGAACCAGCCCAAGUAUCACAACAAGCACAAACCAAACAACCACCAGCUCAUCAAAAAGGACUACUAGCCCAAGAAACAGACCUGUCCAGAAGCACAAGCCCAACCAWGCUAAACAGGCCAUCAGACCCAGACUUAAGCCCAGACCACCCAGCCCAACCAGCUCCUCCAGCUUCAACUCUAAGACCACUCUCAGAACUGGCUCAACUUCAAACACUACUUGUAGCCUUAGCCCUGCAAUCAGCUUUACAAGACCCAGUCUACAGUCCACUAAGACAAGUACCAGCCAAAUCAGCACCAUGCCGGGACACUCUUCAGCCACCACCACUAGUCCUAGCUCAAAAAUUACCAGCCCAAGCUACAGGACCACUAGUUCCAGUCCUGUGGCCAGCAGUAGCAGUAGCUCAACUCCAGGAACUACAACCACCGCUAGACCUAGCCCAAGGACCACCAGUCCAAGCUCCAGAAUUGGGUCCCGGUGGACCCCCAGACCUGGCCUAAAGCCAAAACCAGGCACAAGGCCUAUUCCWGGCCCCAGACCUAAACCUGGACCAAAACCAAAGCCUCUCCUGAAGCUCAGACCAUCAAGUCCAACUGGCUCCUCCAGCUCCAUUCCAGAGGCCAAUCCCAGAACUGGUUCUCCUUCAGCCACCACCAUUAACCUUAGCCCACAGACCAUCAGUUCAAGCAUUCAGGCCAGCUCUUCCAGCUCAAGUUCAACUCCAGAAACAACAACCACCACAAGCCCCAGCCCAAGGACUGGCUUCACUUCUCUCAGCUCAAGGUCCACUAGUACCAGCUCCAGCCCUGAGACGACAUCUGUCCAAAACCCUGAACCCAACACAACAACUACCAGRCCUAGGAUUAAGCCCAGACCUGGCCUACAGCCCAGACCUGACCCACAGCCCAAACCCAGCCUAAAACCUGAACUACAGCCCAAACCAGGCCCAAAGCCUAUUCCAGGCUUAAGGACUAAACCUGGACCACAAUCAAAGCCCAUCUUAAAGCCCAGACCACCCAGCCCAACCAGCUUCAAUCCAAAGACCAGUAACAUAACUGGUGCAACUUUAACCCCCACCACUAGCCUCAGACCUGGGAUCAGAAGCCACAGUCGACAGACCAUGACGACAAGCAAAAGUAGCACCACACCGGGCCACUCUCCAGGCACCACCCCAAAGAUAACUAACCCAAGUUACAAGACCACUAGUUCCAGCCCUGGGGCCAACCUCAGCAGUAGCAGUACCCCAACUCCAGGAAAURCUACCUCCGCUAGACCUAGCUCAAGGAUCACCCGUCCAAGCUCCAGAAUUGGGUCCWGGUGGACUCGCAGACCCGGCUUAAAGCCCAAACCAGGCACAAUAACUAUUCCAGAACCCAGACCCAAACCAAAGCUCAAACCUGCCUUUAAGCCCAGAGCACCCAGUCCAACCAGCUCCUUCAGACCUGGCUCAACUCCAGACACCAACACUAGCCUCACCCCAAAGACCACCAGUCCAAGCUCCAGGACUACCAGCUCCAGCACAGGGAUUAGCUUUAYCCCCAGUCCAGGCAGUCUCAGCAGAACCACACCAAGUCAAUCUCCAGCAACCACCACUAGCUCUAGCUCAAAGAUCACCAGUUCAAGGAUCCGGACAGGCUCUUUCAGGUCAAGCAUCAUCAAACUAAACCAAACCAAAACCACCACUAGCCCCAGCUCAAUGACCAGCUUCACUAGCCUCAGCUCAAGGACCCCCAGUACCAGCAUCAGUCCAGAGACAAAUUCUGCACAACAUCCUGAACCCAGCUCAACAAUCACCAGACUUAGCAUUAAGCCCAAACCUGGCCUAAAACCCAAACCAGACCAAAAGCCCAAAACCACCACCCAAGGUCAAAGGACCACUUCCCCCACACCUAGCCCCAAGACAUCUAGUACCUCAAGCCAAAGGACCAUGACUCACCCCAGCCCACAAAUGACCGCAAACCCUGGCUCAAGAACUACAAGACCUAACCAACAAACUACCUUCAGCUCUAGCUCAAAAAACAUCUUUAACAGUAGCCGGAAAACAACCACUAGCCCUGGCACAAUUACCACUACUAUCGCCAGUCUAAAAUGUAAGACCAGCUCAAGCCAACAGACUAGCAUAAACCCUAGCCCCGAAACUUCCACUACUAAACCCAUCCCAUUGGCCAACUCUAACCAUAGUCCAACUACCACCAACCCUGAGUCCUCUACCCCCAGCCCAAUACCUGAGUCUUCCACCCCCAGUGUGAGAGAACUUCGUGUGAAGACCAGCCGGGUAUCUGCUAGUCUGAAUGACACAAAGGACACAAGUGGAGGGCCAAAGGUUUUACAAGGAGGGCACCCAAAGGUCCUGCUCACGGAGAAGGACCAGGUAGGCAGCAAGACUGACAGAACAGGGAACCAGCCUCAAAACCCUGCACAGAUUUCACCAGGAGCAGUUACCAUGGCACCCAGAGACUGCUCUGACCACAUGGUCAAGGGGGAGAGGAACAGUGGGGUCUACCAAGUGAUCCCUGACCCUAAGAAUGUGACCAUCGCAGUGUUCUGUGACAUGGAGUCUCAUGMCGGAGGGUGGACCGUCAUUCAGCUCCGUCAGGACGGCAGUGUGAACUUCAACAGGACAUGGGCUGAAUACCGGACGGGCUUCGGUAACAUGAGGGCUGGGGAGUUCUGGCUGGGCAAUGACCAGAUCCAUCUCCUGACCCGACACAGGGAGAUGGUCCUCAGGGUGGAGCUGGAAGACUUUAACAGAGUGAGGGAGUACGCAGAGUACAGGCUCUUCCGUGUGGCUGGCGAACGGCUGCGGUACCGCCUGUCUGUGGGUGGGUACUCAGGCACGGCGGGAGAUGCACUUCAAUUCAGCAAGAGUUACAACCACAACAACAGGUUCUUUACGACUCCUGACAGGGACUAUGACCGCUACCCUUCAGGGAACUGUGGGGCCUACUACGACUCAGGCUGGUGGUUUGAUGCCUGCAUGGCUGCCAAUCUCAACGGGAUAUAUUAUGUGGGAAAGUACAAAGGGGUGAGGAACGGGAUCUACUGGGGGACGUGGCAUAAUAUAUCUACAGAGUACUACCCAACAAAUGACAGACAAUCUUUCAAGACUGUCAGAAUGAUGAUCAGGCCGAGAGGCUAUGCAAAGUGAGCUAGACGGCUGGCUCUUCGUUUGGCGUACUCAGCUGUUGCAAUUGUCAAACAGGGGGGCUGGGAAACCCUAUAAGGCCUCAGCAAUUUUWCAAUGGGUCCGUGACAAAAACAGGAAAAAUAUGUAUUUUUUUUGGUAGGAGCACUGUUUAUUAAUGUGCAAAUGCAGACAUUCAGAUUGUACUGCUGUUUCAUAUUUUGGGUGUUUAUAGUGGCUGUUGUUUAACAAGCAGUUUGAAUAUAUUGUAUCUUAUUUACUCUUUGAAAUAUUAUAGUGGGUCAACCCCUACAUCUUCUUGAUUKCUUGACACAGUUUUUUUUUCAAUCGCUUUGGUGCUAUUUUCUCAAGUAUGUGGUAAAUUUUCUAAAAUCUUAGAACAAAACUCCAAACUGCUAACACAUAUAACACAGCAAGUAUUUUAUUCAAAACCUUUUACUGUGCAUUCAUUUUGUUUGGAGACAUCUUUCACCACACAACCAUUGAUCCAACAUAUAAGUUUACAGUGAAAUACCAUGAUAACAUUGAUUUAAUCACCAAAACACAACAUAAUGAUAUCUUCUCAAUUUAGUUGUUUUAACAACCAGUUAAUUAAAUAGCAAAAUAUGCAAGAUACAUGGUCCAAAAUUGCCCUCUGAAUGUAAUAUGCUACAGUACUGUAAAUUACAGUACGUUACACUGUUUUAGCAUUAGGUAAUACACUUGCACUACCCAUGUAACGGUCCUGACCUGUUUUAUGUUGUUUUUGUAUGUGUUUAGGUCAGGGCAUGUGUUUUGGGUGGGCAGU